GGGCCGAAAGUAGAACCUUGGAGGAGGAGUUUCUUGGUUGUCGUCUCCCCACGUAAACCUCGGUUCCUCGUCGACGUCUUCCUCCGAUCUUCGUGGUCUAACGCAUAGACACACACACAUAUUUCAUAAAAUUUUCUCGGGAAAAUUCUCCAAAAGCGAUUCAAAACCAAAUUCCCAGAAAAUGGAAAAAGACAAGCAAAAAGAGGAAAGUCAAAUCAACGAAUAAAUUAGCACUUUUUUUUUUGCCGUCGUCAUUGAUUCGUGAUGAGUUCGUGGAGCAAGAGCUUAAUCAGGCUCGUCAAUGGCGUAUCUCUUGUAGCCAAAGAGAUCAUUAACCAGUCACCGGAGUUACGGAGAGCGAGAAACGGAGAUCUCGAAGGCUUAAUUACUUCUUCAGGUAAAAAAGUUUUGGUUGCCGCCACCGACUUAGUCGGACUCACCUCAGGGAAGCUUCGCGAGCUUUCGAUUCGUCGAUCUAAGGAAAAGGAACCGUCCGUCGUAUACUUCGACGAAGAAAGUAACAAAGCUGGCGUCGUCGUCGUAACGCCUGAGAUUAGAUCUGAUAGCACCGAACCUGUCGUCGAUUCGAGAGACCUGAGAAGCGAGUUUAUCGAUGAAGCUAAGAAUUCAAAUAGAGAAGAGGAGAUUAAGGUUUCAGGCGAGGUUAUUGGAGUUAGAGAUGCCGAAUCAGGUGUUGUUGCGUCAUCUCCGUCGGUGGUGGAAGUAGUAGCAGCUCCAAUGAAGAGACGGAGACUUAGAGAACGGAAGGUUCCAUCAACACCUAUUGCAAGAGCUUAUGGGUUCUUUAAUUUAGGAGCUGCUCUCGCUUGGGGAGCUGUUAAAGAAUCUACAUAUAGGAUGGUUAAUGGGACACCAGCUACACAAGAAAAUAAACCUGCGCUUUCAUCUAUAAUGUCUAAGGAAAAUGCUGAGAGAUUGGCUCUUGGAUUGUGUGAAAUGCGUGGAGCUGCUCUUAAAGUUGGCCAGAUGUUGAGUAUACAGGACGAGAGUCUUGUCCCUGCUCCGAUUUUGAAUGCUCUGGAAUAUGUGCGUCAAGGUGCAGAUGUGAUGCCGAGGAGCCAACUUAAUCCUGUUUUGGAUGCUGAGUUAGGUCCUAAUUGGCAAUCCAAGUUGACUAGUUUUGAUUAUGAACCGAUAGCAGCAGCGAGUAUUGGUCAGGUGCACCGAGCUGUCACUAAAGAUGGAAUAGAAGUUGCAAUGAAGAUUCAGUACCCUGGUGUUGCCAACAGCAUUGAAAGUGAUAUUGAAAAUGUCAGACGCUUAUUGAAUUAUACUAAUCUAAUUCCAAAGGGACUCUUUCUGGACAGAGCUAUAAAGGUUGCUAAAGAGGAAUUGGCUCAGGAGUGUAACUAUGAAAUCGAAGCAGUCAGUCAAAAGCGCUUUCGUGAUUUGCUUUCAGACACUCCAGGGUUUUAUGUUCCGCGUGUGGUAGAUGAAAUUUCAAGCAAAAAGAUUCUAACCACAGAACUUAUAUCUGGGAUCCCCAUUGAUAAAGUAGCUUUGUUAGAUCAGAAAACACGAGAUUAUGUUGGAAGGAAGAUGCUCGAACUCACUUUGAAAGAGCUUUUUGUCUUCCGCUUUAUGCAGACAGAUCCUAACUGGGGUAACUUCUUAUACAAUGAAGCCACAAAUACAAUCAAUCUUAUAGAUUUUGGAGCAGCCCGUGAUUACCCCAAGAAAUUUGUCGAUGACUAUCUACGAAUGGUGAUGGCAUGUGCAGAAAAAGACAGUGAAGGAGUGAUUGAAAUGUCAAAGAGACUCGGGUUCUUAAACGGAGAUGAAUCAGACGUAAUGCUAGACGCUCAUGUCCAAGCCGGAUUCAUCGUGGGUCUACCUUUUGCAGAACCUGGUGGCUACGCUUUCCGAACCAACAACAUUGCUUCUAGCAUCUCCAAUUUAGGAGCAACUAUGUUGAAACAUAGACUUACACCACCACCAGAUGAAGCCUAUAGCCUUCACCGUAAACUAUCCGGAGCUUUCUUGGCUUGUAUCAAGCUUGGAGCCACCGUCCCUUGCCGUGAUCUCUUUCUCCAAGUUUACAGCAAAUAUCAGUUCGAUGAUGAGCCACAAGAUCCAGUCGUCGCUACUAGAUCCGUUUCUUCUUAGCGCUCUCAUAUACACAACACUAUAUUAAUGAUUUUUUUCUCUUCCCGUUGUUGGGAAGUAAAAACUAUUCUUUCGUUGGUACACCUCUGAGUUUAAAUUAGUUAGAGUAAUUUUUUUUCCUUUCAAUAAUGUAAAAUGUUGAAUAUUACAAUGCUGGGAGAAGCCAAUCAUCAAACUUAAUAGAAAUGUAGUAACUCUAUACUUUUGGCUUA